CAGCAAAAAUGGUAAAGUACGCUUCCACUCCUGUGUCCUUCCUCGUUCUUGGUUUCGCAACGAUGUCACUGGUCCAAGCACAAAACUAUUGGUCUCCUACCUGCGAACCUCGUCUGCAAACUUGUCCACAAAAUCGUCCGUAUUACUGCUAUGCUCAGGAUCAUGAUAGCGCUGGACGUUGUUCACCAUAUUGUGGCCCGUUUGGUGACCCUUGCCCUUCAGGUAUGGCUAAGAUCUGCUGCUUAGGAGGCUAGACAGCCCUUGUUAUCUCAGGCAAAGAAUUUCUAAGCAUUUUAGCUCUUGUCCUGUUAUUGCCCCACGUCAAUCUUUGCCGACGUACAAUAAAAGGUUAUUGC